AUGUCUGACAGGCCAGACAGGGUGCACGAUCAGGCUGCCAGCAGUAGCCGAGACAGCAUGACAUCUACCCCAUCGAUAUCAUCUUCAAAUGCACCUGCUACCGUACCCAUUCGUUUGCGAACCUCUCUGCCUGGCUGUUCCAUUCCUUAUGUGCCGUACAUGGUGCCUGUGACAUGGCGUCGCAGUCAGCUGUCGACCCUCGUGAACAAGGUGCUUGCUACCGCGCAAGGAGCGGGACAUGAAGAAGCAUCAUACAAGGCUGUACCCUUUGACUUUAUUGUCGAUGGCAGCUUGCUUCGUUGCUCUCUGGAUGAGUACCUCGAACAGCGCGGCCAGAGUGCUGAGACGACGCUGGAGCUUGAGUAUAUUCGAAGUACACUGCCCCCUGCAUUCAAGGAUGCUGCGCGCCAAGAUGAUUGGGUCUCGUCAGUGGACGCGAGACAUGCGCACCGUAUACUAACGGCGUCAUAUGAUGGCAUUGUGCGCAUCUUUGACAGCGAGUCGCUUGCGACUUCGCCACCCCAGUCGUACACGCCUGCAUAUGCCUCAAAUGUCUCGCUUACGAGUGCAAAGUGGCUUCGGAAUACAGCUGAUGCCAUUGUCACUGGCAGCAUGUCUGGCACGGUAGCUGUGUGGCGUGUGCCUGGCACAGAGACGAAGAGUGUGCCAGUGCUUCAAGCAGCUGAGCUCGAGCAUCACACGUCGCCAGUAUCGUCUAUCGACGUGGCUGUGGCCGCCACAAAUGCAUCUGCUGAGCGAGCGACAAUCGUGAGUGCUGGAUGGGAUGGGUCCAUUGCUUUGUGGGAUGUGCCGGCCGACGCUCGCUUCGAAACACAGGAAGAGACAGGUGGAGCACCAGGUAAAAAGCGGCGGAAACAGCAUGGGUCAGAUGCACGGCCUAUAUCGUCUGCGAUCAUAACGCCACCGCCGCUCAUGGUGCUGCACCACGUGACACCGUCGCUGGGCGCAACAGCGGCACGCGCACUAAACACGGCGCCCACGCCAGGGCCCAAUGCACGAACCAUUGCUGCGUUAGGUGAUGGUGAUCAGCGAAUAUGGAGUGCCGCUUGGGAUGGCACCGUCAAAUACUGGGAUGUGGUUGCCGGUGGCGGACUUGCGGGGCGAAAGCAGACCGACAAAGUGCCUCUUUGUUUGGACCCGUUGCAGUCUUUGUCUUUAUCGUCGUUCACGACGCCACAGCUUGUUUGCGGUCACAUGGAUCAUUCACUGGCUCUGUACGACUUCCGCGAUGCUGUGUCCAAUGCGGCGCUAGCUAUGUCAGGCGCCCAUGCGGCACCAGUAAGUGCUGUGAAAGUUCACCCAGUAUCGGCACAUCUGUUUGCCUCGGGUGCGUACGACGGCCGGAUCAAAGUGUGGGAUGUGCGCUCGCCAAAGCAAGCACUUUUUGCUCUCUCGGAGCCCGUGAGUACUUCGUCGAAGUCGUCGCACAUGGCUUCGUCCAAGCAACCACGCACAAAGGUGCUAGGCCUCGAUUGGACUCCAGAUGGCAACGCACUUGUAUCAGGGGGUGAAGAUUGUCGCGUCUGUCUAUAUCAGGGCCAAGCUAUUGGCAUCGAGCAUGUGUAG